AUGACCCUUACCGUAGCUGCUCUCGAGGCCCAGUCCCGUAGUCGUGCCAUCGUCCAUGCAUACCGCCAUCUGUAUAGAACAGGCUUGCAGUCUAUACGAUACGCAAAGCCGGGCCGCUACGUCCUCCGCCUGAACCUCCGGAAGUCGUUUAGACGAGGCUCGCCUGAUGAAUUUGACCCGCAAAGGAUUGUGAACACUCUCAACUUUCUUCGACUUGCAUCCGAGUCUACCAGCACCGAACACAAAAUUGUUAAAAAUCUGCUGCAUGUCAGAUUCUGGCAGCAGCCUCAGUUUGUUGGUCAGAGAGAUACCAAGCUUUUUGAUGUUGCAACCGGAACCCGUUCCCAGAUGAUAUCUACGGCCUACAGACCAUUUGAGAUGACCUUGAAGAUGCUGAAUGAAAGCCUGGGUCUAUGUCUUAAAUGA